CGUAGACUGUAGCGGAAAUAAUGAUACAUCGAUGGUCUUGUGUCGUAGUGAGGCUAACUGCAGAUCUCUGAUGACAGACAUGGUUAAAAGAGGUGUGAUGGCUGCAGUUCUGCUCCAGCUGUUAUGACUCCUUUCAUUUGGAUGCUCACAUGGCUGCUUCAGAUCCUGUUAGCUAUGAGUGAACUGCCCCCGCCUGUCAACCUAAUCCUGACCCCAAGCCAUAUGUUGAAAUGGCAACCAGGACCACAGACCCCCACUGGAGUGUACUACAAUGUCACCAUUAUCACUGACAAGGGAACAUCCUGGGUGCCAGUGGCUGGCUGUGAGAAUGUCCACUACCCUCUGGUUUGUGACCUCACAGGGGCUUUUUAUGACCAAAGAGAAGUCCACUUUGUCCGGGUUGUGACAGUGCAGGAAGGACAGGCCUCACAAGCAGUGAUUCACUCAGGAUAUAUACCCUUCAAAGACACUCAGUUGGACCUGCCACACCUGACUGUGACAACCUGUGGAAGGAAUCUUUGUGUGGACCUUCACCCCCCCAUGGAACACAGAAGAGAGAUCUAUGACACACUCAGUUACAAACUCAAGAUUGAAUGCAACAGUGCAGAAAGAGCCAAGUUUUUCAAGGACAUCAGGUCCCUGAGAAGACAGAUUUUGGAGGACCUGGCCCCUGGCAGACAGUACUGCGUCUCUAUCUGCAUCUUGGAUAAACUUGAGUCCAAGGCGUCCAACUACAGUCAACCUGUAUGUUCUUCCACCUCUGGCAUCUAUACUGCAGACCAGUGGCUCUCAGCUGUAUUAUGUUCAUUGCUGAUGUUAGGUCUGGUUAUCCUGGUCAUUUUGGUGAUCACUGGUUCCAUCUGUCUGAAAAGGAGGCCACUACCACUGGUCCUGACAACCAUUAAUCAUCUUGAAGGGAUUCUGACCAUUGAUCCCUACAGCUCGUCACACACCUUUUUGAAUGUUAAGCCAACACUGAUCUCUUCAAGUGAAAAGAGGAGCAACCAGUCAUCAGAUGAAAGUGAUGUUGAAAGUGGAACAGAAAGCCAUGAUGGGUGCAGAGGAGAUUAUUCACUGCGGGUGGGCUCAUCCUCUUUGUCAGCCCCCUUGUCUCGAGAGCCUGAACCACAGCUCAGUAUCUUUUCAAACCAAAUAUCAGACUUCAGUUCACAGCCUGAAGUCCUCAAUUCCCAAGUAAAAGAGAUACAUCCCACUCCUGGACUGAACCAUAAAAAGAGCACUGACACAGACAGUUUGACAGUAGGAAUAAAAGAUAAGGAUAGGGAGAAGAAGGAGGUGAUGAGAAAGACACACAACCAGGAUGUGAAUCUCCUCACAUUAACGUUUGGAAGGAAUGAGAAGAAAGGGGUGGAGGAAUCUCAUUCAGACCUGGGAGAGGUAGAGCCACAGUCUCACUCAGCCUCAGAGGAAAAAAAAAUCAGUCUAAUUCAACCUUCACAAACUUGGGAUACUAAGGAGGUGGCCAUAGAAACAGUUUCCUGCUCUUCUAUUGAAGAUGUAGAAGAAGAGGAACACGCUGGAUAUAUGGGGCGUCCAUGCACAGAUGUGUUACAGAAUUUUAAGUAGAAGUCUACAAGUUUUCCCAUUUGGAUUAUUUCAUAAUGUGAUAAAUCCAAAGAAAGACUGUCACUGAUCUAAAUUCGGAUUUUGACAACUGAUUUUUGGUGAGUAAUUCUCUUCAGAAAAACACCUCACUUUGGGUCAAACCGUACUCUUUGUGCUUCUGUAAGGGCUGUUUUACUUACUCUGUGUUGGCAGCUGUAUGAAUAUUGUAUAAGGUUUUGAUUAAAUGACUGAUUGAUUUCACAUCAAGUUUCUGCAGUAGAGACAGAAGAGAUUUUGUUGAAUCAGAAUAAGUGUGAAAAUGCUGUCUCUCCCCAUGUGCACAACACAACCUUAAACAUUAGUAAUUGUGUUGUUGUUUUUUUUUUUUUUUUUACAUACAGUACAUAUAUUUCCAUGUUUGUUUGUUAACUGAGGGAAAGUAGGUACACUUGACAACAUUUCUUCAGCUGAAUUAGUCUCAAUAUCACUGAUGAAGUUUUCCAGUACAAAAGUUUAUUCAAAUGGGAUUUUAACUUACGACAUUGUCUCUCAGUGUGCUCUAGACAUUGAAUUUGGAGAAAAGGUUAAUACAUAGGAAUAGUGCUUAAAGGUCCUAAGAUAAUUCCCUGUCUCCAGAAUAUGUAUUGAUCUUGAACUAGAGCUGAAACCAAAUUGAGUAUUAUAAAAAAAAUAAAAAAUGUGAUGCUUUGAUAAAAUUUGUAUGGAUUGAUCAUAUGGUCAUCGUCAUGGUCAGUGUAGAAUCAUUACCAAUGAACUUAUGUAAAGUUACACAUUGCCACAGGAUAUGUGUAUUAUUACUGUUACAUGUGUCAUUAUGAUUGUAUCUGUAUGUUUAAUCAAACAGUAUAUUAACAUUCAGAAACUGUGAAAAUGUAAUUUUACAUAUUGAGCGUAAAAUCCUGCCAUACUUUAAACUCAGUGCCGAAAUACUCAAUGUAACCUGUUACUCAUUCUUAAGCUGUGCACAUGCAUUUUUCACAAUAAUAAAGUAGCAUUUCAUUUGGUAA